AUGAAUAAAUUAUUAAUAAUAUUUUCAAAAGAAUUGAAUAUAUAUUUUAAUUUAUCAUUAGAGAAUUAUUUAUUAAAUACAAUUAGUAAUGGAAGAUUAUGGAAAUUUGUAAAAAAUAAUUUUGAUCGUGUAUUAUAUUUUUGGAGAAAUUCAGAAUGUGUAAUUAUUGGUCGAAAUCAAAAUAUUUAUUCUGAAUGUAAUUUAAAUAAUAUUCAUCAAAAUGUUAAUAUUGUUAGAAGAUUUACUGGUGGAGGAGCUGUUUAUCAAGAUUUGGGUAAUAUGUGUUUUACAAUAAUAACAGAUACAAAAAAUUAUAAUUUCAAUACUAAUUCACAAAUCAUAUGUUCAGCUAUUUCUAAACUCAUUCAACAGAAAUGUGAACCUACUGGUAGAAAUGAUAUGUGUAUUAAUGGUCUUAAGUUUUCUGGUUCAGCUUUUAAAAUAUUACCUAAUGUAGCUUUACAUCAUGGUAUCCCCGUUACGGUGCUUGGUCACACGGCCAACCACCAGCCCCGAAAGGGGCUUCUUAUUAAUUCCUUAGUUAUACAGUUAUAUAGCUCCCUUUGGAGGAGAACAAUAUUAUUAAAUAUAAAUAAAAGUUCAUUAGAAAAAUAUUUAACACCUGAAAAAUCAAAACUUGACAAACAUAAUGUAAAGAGUAUAGAAUCAAGAAUAACAAAUUUAGCACAAUUUAAACCAAAUAUAACAUAUGAACAAAUAAUGGAAUUGGAUAAAAAUAAUGAAAUAUGUAAUGAAAAAGAAUUUAAAGAAUGUUAUGAUAAAUUAACUGAUAGAAAUUGGAUAUUUGGUAAGAAAUUGAAUUGGAAGAGUUUGAAGAAGAGAUUUGAUUUUGGAAGUAUAGAAUUUUGUUUAAAUAUAAAGAAUGAAAAUGUAGAAAAUGUUUAUAUAUAUUCCGAUAUGUUAAAUGCAGAUUUUAUUGAUUAUUUAAAUAUUAAAUUCAAUGAAACAAUUUUCAAAUACAAUACACAAUCAUUUGAACAUAUUUUCAACUCACUACAAUUUCCUAAUUUACAAGAACAAAUACAAGAAAUUAAAAAUUGGAUCUUACAAUCAAUUAAUUAA